AUGUGCAAAUUACCACGGUUGCUAUGGAAGAGUGGUAUAUUAUGUAAUGGUGACUGGGAUUGGGAUACUCAGGACAACGAACCGUACUCAGAAGGGUGGAAAUCACUAACAGUUAACACGUCAAUCUCAGAUGUUGUAAACUAUCCUUGGAAGUAUCGAACCGACUCAGAGACUAAUGGUGCUCCACAUGCAGGAAAGAUUGGUGUCUAUCCCAGUGGUGGAUAUAUAGUAGAUUUAAUAGGAGCUCGACGUCGGGUGGACAAUAUGAUCGAGGAUCUUAUUCAACUGAAGUGGAUAGAUCACAGAACGAGAGCACUGUUUGUGGAAUUCACACUGUAUAAUCCAAAUGUUAAUCUGUUCACUCAGACAACUGUAGCUUUUGAAGUUCCAGCAUCAGGGUCCUUCGUUAGUGAAAUAGUGGUCAAGACUUUUAGAUUAUUUUCUUAUCUUGGCGGUUACGGGGUAGUGGUGGCUCUCUGUGAUGUACUGACGCUUUUAUUCAUCCUGUAUUUUUCGACUCGUAUGUUAAAGAAACUGAGGAAAGAACGUCGAGCUUUCUUUACCACGUUUUGGAACGGUGUUGAGUUCCUUAACUUUGCCCUGUCUAUAACGUGUGUGGUCAUGUACACUGGACGACAUUUGUUGACUUCCAGAGCUACAAAUACUGUGAAGAAACUAAGAGGUUAG